CCACCACCGGUCCACGGUCGCCGUCGCCGCCGCCGCCGCCGCCGCCGCCGCCACGACUCGCCGAAAAACACUUCGCUGAUGUGCGUGCGUGCACCACACGCCGUACGCUUGCCGCAGUGGUCGCUCAUCGCCGUCGUCGCGUUCAGUUUUACGCCGAUCGUCCUCUAGUGUACACGUAGCUCGCUGUUCGCAGCUCUCGACCUCUGUGUGUGUGUGUGUGUAUGUGUGUGAGUCUGUCUACUCUUUCUCUGUCAUCCUGUCUCUCUCUCUCUCUCUCUCUCUCUCUCUCAUUUUCUCUCUAUCACUCUCACACAUAAGCUGCCUGUCGUCCGUCCGUGUCAUUCGUCAAAAUAUUACAAACCGGAAAAAAAAUAACAAAAAAAACCACUCUUCGUCUCCUAUAUUUCCGACGCGUUCCGCGAGACGAAGAAUAAAACUCGAUUUUAUCUCGUUUUCUCAAAACUUUUCGACAAGCACGGACGGCGGCGAGCGUUCCGCCGACGUUUUCCACUGCACCAACAACUACCGACAGACACCAGUCAGACCGUCGACCGAAUUUUUCAAUCCAAUGAUGCAGUUGGAGCUGGAGUCAGCCGUGAAGUUCAUUAUCUCGAUGUUGCGGGCCGGCCAUCGGGCAAGGCUGGUGCGCAGCAAGGGCGAUAAGUUCUUCCUGGAGCCGGAGAUCGAGAUGCUGCAAGUGUCGCUGAUGUCGGUGAUGAGCCACCAGUACAAGGACUUCUGGUUCCCGGACUCACCGAAUCGCGGUUCCGCGUACAGAUGCAUCAGGAUCAACAAGGACAAAAUGGACCCGGUGAUCGCCAAGGCGGCAGCCACGUGCGGCCUGUCGUGCAACCUGAUACGCACAUAUUUGCCGGACGAGCUAACGCUGUGGGUGGACCCGGCCGAGGUUUCGUACAGGAUCGGCGAAGAGGAUGGUAGCAUUUGCGUGCUGUACGAGGGCCCGAUGACCGAGACCGCGGCCGAGCCGUCUCGGUACGAACCGACGUCCUCGUCGUCGUCGUCCGUGUCCACGUCUCCGGGAUCUUCGGCAUCUUCUUCGCCGCCGUACGGUCAUCAACACCUCCUGUUGCGCCAACAGCAACAGCAACAACAGCAACAGCAACAACAACAACAACAGCAGCAGCAUCAACAGCAACAGCAACAACAACAGCAACAACAACAGCAGCAACAGCAACAACAGCAGCAACAACAGAUGGUGGCUUCAGCAUCAGUCGAUGUCGGUGGUUCGUAUUCCAACUAUACUUCACCGGUGAAGCAGUCGAACGUGAUCACGUUCGUGCCCCCUACAUACGGAUCUCCUGUACAGUUCGUACAUUCCCCUUAUCAGUCGUAUCCCACUUAUAUAUCCAGUUAAAUUUAGAGAAAACGUAUUCACACUGAUUCAAAAGAAAAUCGCUUGUAUGAAAUAUAUACUACACAUAAUAUACAUUAUAUUGAUGUGUUAAUUAAAAAUGAAAAAAAGAAAAAAAAAUAA